AUGGAUGCCGCGAAUGCGAAUACGAAUGUUCCCGCGGGACGUCUCCCGGAAGAGGUGUAUACGAAUACGCUGAGUCCUUGGAGGGCGGCGAUGAGGAGGCAGUUGGUGGAAAUUGUUGAAUGGGAGAGCGGCGUGUUGGCGAAAGUGCAGGUUCGUGAAUAUACACGAACGCCCUCCCUCGAUGCUUAUUUCGUAUAUACAUCGAUGCUCGGAACGCAUACUUUCUUCAUGAUGUUCCUCCCGUCACUUUUCUUCUUUGGAUAUGACGGCCUAGGGCGCGGUCUGGUUUAUGUACUUGCCCUUGGUGGAUAUUCUGCGUCCUUCUUGAAGGACCUCAUGUGCUCCCCGCGCCCCUUUGCGCCACCUGUCACUCGUCUCACCAUUGGCUCGCACCACCUGGAAUACGGGUUUCCCUCUUCCCACAGCACUAACGCUGUGUCUAUGGCGCUCUUCUUCCUUGGACAUGCCUACGAACUCCUUCGUGAGGAUAUGAUCGCGCAACAGACAUUCGGGGUGUGUAUCGCUCUUGCGAUCUUCUACAUACUCAGUAUCGUCGGUGGAAGGCUGUACACAGGGAUGCACGGUUUCGUGGACGUGACAGCGGGUUCUCUACUCGGAACGGCAAUGUGGCUGGUCCAAAUCUAUUGGAUGCCUCACGUCGAGCAGUGGAUUAUGGGUGGUGGAUGGUAUGCACCCUUGACGGUGACCGCGAUUGGCCUCCUUCUUGUCAAUCAGCACCCUCAGCCCGUCGACGAUUGUCCCUGCUUUGAAGACGCAAUAGCCUUCAUCUCAGUCAUGCUGGGUGUUCUCCUCGGCUUCUCCUUCUCCGCCAACUUCCCCGCCUUCUCGUCGCCCACAGCACUCUCCUCUCUCCCCGGCAUGUCUCCAUUAAACUCAAGCUACACUCCUCCUUCUCCCUUCUCCGAACCGUCGACCAUCACGGCCACUUCCUUCCUAAGCUUCCUAUUCAUCUCAACACUGAAAAUGGUCUCCGGAACACUCGUCAUCCUAGUCUUCCGACUGAUCGCCAAACCAGUCUUACAUUCUAUCCUCCCGCCCCUCUUCCGUUUCCUCGCCCACACCGUCACCAAGAUCAGACCAGGCUGGGGCCUGCCCAACCGUCGUCAUUAUACCCCCGCCACCGAGUACGGCCGCAUGCCGGCGUACGUGUACGGUGGGUCGGGACAUUAUAGCGGUGGUGGGAGUGGUGGGAGUGGAGGUGGGGCGAUGGAUGGAGGGAGGGGUGGAGGGAGGGGCUUGGGCGAGUUGAGACCCAUUCCGAGUAUGAUUGAUUUGAGUUUGGAGAUGCAGGGGGCGGGGUGGGAGGAAGUUUCUGGUGGGCACGAGCAGGGAAUCACGAGUGGGCAGAGGGUCGGAGGUGGGAGGGGGGCUGUUGGGGGGUGGAGUAAGAUUACGAGGAGGGGCGCUGGCGGUACUGGUGCUGCGAAUGAGGGAUCUGUGGAUGAGAAGAAGGCUGGGUGGAGUGGAUGGCGGGAUGGGGAGAAUGAGGACGAGGGUGGGGAAGGUGAGAGGAUAGGACUGGGAUUCUCGGAGGUGGAUGAAGGAGGGGCAAGAGAUAAGGCAGAUAUUGUGAAGCAUUAUGAUGCCGAUGUGUUGACGAAAGUCUUCGUCUACGCUGGCAUCGCGAUCAUUGCCUCCGUCAUCUGUCCUGCUUCCUUCGAGGCCGUCGGAUGGGGUGUCCUUCCUCAUCUUGGGUAGACCGUUUCCGCGUUACCGCCGAUAGUUGGUCUGUGUCCGCACGACGCCUCAGUUCCCUUCACCACCAGCAUAUGGCACUCUUUCGGUAAACUAUACACUAACCCAUCCAUUAAUUGCUCCUUUUUUUUGCCCUUUUUUCGUUCCGUUAUUUCUCGGAUUAUAUCGUCGAUAUCUAUGGAUAUACGUACUCCACGUUUAUUCUCCAAUUCUUCGAUUCUUUUCUUCGUACAACUUUUCCCUUUCCGGCACUUCUCUCUCCGUAUUAUUCACGCUUGCUCCGACACUCCAAGUUGGACAUAGCUGUAACUAGACUCGCGUCUCGGUCAUAGCGAACACGGUCCUCUGACCCUUUGUUCAGGCCAAGUUCGUGCGCCACGAUCAUCAUCUUUUCUGUUGUUUUGCAUUAUUGGCAUGCAUAUUUCGUCUUUUGAUUCUCAUUCGAUUUGCCUAGCUUCGUUCUCGUUUGUUCUUCGUCUUUUUUUGGUUCUUCAGGCUGUUGUAGAUGCAGAUGUCGGGGUGUACGUACUUGUAUGUUGAGUGAGGCUGGGGCUUAGGAGACUCAGAGUGGUGGGAAUGAGGUAGAGAGAGCAAUCACAUACGAUCUUGCUACUCAGAGCGCAGUCGAUGGCAGUAUAGCAGGACGAGUGUUUCGGAUGUGGCGAUCGUCGGUGUGGCACCGACACGAAGCUUACUGUUUGUCCAUGUUUGGUUCUUGUUCGCGCGAGGCAACAACGCCACUUUUUUCUCCCCCAAGAUUCACGGUAGUCACGGCGGCGUCUCG